AUGCUGUCAGAUGGAUUCAAAGUGGUGUGUUACUUGCACUUGGAUGCAAUGGUAUUGGAAAAACUGCUGGAAGCACCAGGUUGCACUCAUUAUGUCUAUGAGGCCAAUGAGGUGCAGAAACUUGGCAGAACUGUUUCUCCUACUGCUUUGGAUCUUUCCAGAGAGCAGGAAGCAACACAGAGGCUCAGGAAUAAGUUCCCAGAGGCCAAAUUCCUGCUUGGAAUAGGAAGUUGGCACAAUGGUGGCACUGAAUUCUUUGUACACUCUGAGACUGAGUCAAGGAGGACCCAUUUGGCACAACAAGCAAAGGCCCAACUGGAAAAGCAUGGGUUUGAUGGCAUUGACUUGUCCUACACACUCAUACAAGCUCAGCACAGGUUUGAUCACCAAGAUUUACUGGGAAAGACCCUGAGGGUCUUCAGAGACCAACUGGGAGACAAGUAUAUUUUGGCAGUGAGGGUCAGUGCACCAAAUAACUUCUACCAACAGGCUGAUGCUUUGUAUGAUGUACAAGCCAUUAGGGAUAGUGUGGACUGGGUCACCUUGGCAGCCUUUGACCUGGAUCAAGGUUUGUCACUGGAGUUACCCUCACACCAUUCACCAUUGAGGAUGCCUGGAGGCCAUGGACUACCUGCAAAUGAUGUGGCAUUUCCAGAGCCAACAGUGCCUUACCACACCCUUUGCCAGAAGCUGAUGCAAAAAGAGCUGAUUGAAGCUGAACCAUCGCUCAAGUCCAUUGCUGGAGGACCAUAUGCCACAUCCAUGAGCAAUUUAGUGUCCUAUGAUGACCUGGAAAGCUUCAAGGCCAAGUUGGAGUACAUCAAGGGAUUUGGUGGGGUGGGUUUGGUACAGCUGAAUAUGGAUGACUACUUGGGGCUGUGUGGGAUGCCUUGGCCUAUGCUUACUGCAGCUACAGAGAACCUGGAAACCAUCACUACUUCUGGUAUAAUUUACAGCAACUGA